CUGAAAACAGCCUAAAAAGUAUCGACUCUGCUUUCUUCAUCACACAAACACUCUCUUUCCUCUGAAACCUCUUCUCAUCUUCUUCAAUGGAUGAGACUACAAAACCAAAGAAACAAGAAGACAACAAACCAAAACGACGCCGUAACAUCAAACCCAUUUGCCGUGAAUCAGGAGACCACGUCCACUACCCACCAACACACAACAAACCAAAGCUCAAACCAAAGCCAUCACCGAUCCUCAAAGUCACUCAGAAACCACACUACACAAAAUGCAUGAAGAAUCACGCCGCCGGUAUCGGAACCACCGCUUACGACGGCUGCGGCGAGUUCGUCGUCAAAACCGAGGAAAAAGAUUCUUUAAACUGCGCCGCAUGUGGCUGUCACCGUGACUUCCACCGUGAAGUAGUCUCCGAGACGGUUCUUGAAGUUCUCAAGAUUUCGUCUGUUCAGUUUCGUCGGAUCUUUUGCUCACCUUACGGCGGAGGCAAUAGCAAAGUCAAGAAGGAGGAGAUUGAUGGAGAAGAGUUGGUGGGGAGAGUGAAGAGGUUGAAGACGAAGUUUACGGCGGAGCAGACGGAGAAGAUGAGGGAGUACGCGGAGAAGCUAAGGUGGAAGAUGAAGGCUGAGGUGAGGAAUGAAGUUGAAGAGUUUUGUGUAGAGAUUGGAGUGAAUCGGAAGAACUUUAGGAUUUGGAUGAACAAUCACAAGGACAAGAAGUGACUAAGUGAGAUGAGUGUAAUUGUGUAAUGAUAAUGAUUUACUAAACUUUAAUUGUGUAAUUAUGUAAUGUAAUGUAUAAUUAACGGUUUGAUUAUAUCGGGUUUAAACCAAUUGUGGAGAAGGAUUUGGUAGAA